AUGGCCACGGCGGCGAAGCAACGGGGUAUUCUUCGUCAAGGAGAGAUCUGCCCACCUACUGCAGCCAUAGAUCAAAGGGAGCUCGAGCUUUUACCGACCUACCACCGCCUGCUACAGCACAGACAGGAGGAUUCCCAAUGUGGCUCGGACGACGGCAUUGCAGUCGACGUGCCGGCUUGGGCAAUGUGUUAUCUUGCUUGUAGUGCAGCAGAAAUGUGCAGAAGCGCCGUAGAGUUCAACGCGGAUGAAGUGCACGAUCUGGUUCAGUCCGCUGUCACGGGCUCCUUCGACUCCACUUUUGACUUCCCAGACGAGGAGCUCGAAACAAUGCCUGCACCAGCAGCCAGGCAGCCAAAGAAGGCACCAAAGCCGAAGGAAGCUCCAAAGAGACAGCUCAAGGAGACGCGUUGGGGCCGUUGUUUGGCGCCAUGGUGUCGACAGCUGGCGUUGCAGCCUGCAUUGGGAAGCCGAGGCCCGUUUCUGGUCUGCUCCGCCAAGAACGGUUGCCGCUUCAAGAAGGAACUCUCCGCAGCCCAGUGGCGCACACUGCCAUCUGCCUGGCAGAAGUGCUGGCCAGUGUCCUGGGCGGCAGUCAAACCAUGGCUGCGCCCGUUGAGGCCCGUGGCCGACCUUGGUGCCGCACGGCGUGUGCGACCACGGCGCAUCUCAUGGCGGCGGGCCGUGCAGGCUUCCCAGGACAUCGCUGCCUCACAGGAGUUCAUGGAGGCAUCCCUCUCCCAGGCCAGCAGUGCAGGCGCCUGA